UGUGAAUGUAAACAGAAGUGAAACAUAAAUAAGCUUAUUUAUUGAUUCUCAGCCUUAAUUCAAAUGGACAAGCAACCGCUGCUUGAAUUGAAUGAGGACGCCAUUGGAGCGUCGGCUUAUAAAUCUAUUGCAUGCAUGGCGAUACUUUCCUGGUUUUGUCGUCAGAUAUUGUUUCAGCGCAAGCAGAUCUACAUUUUGAUCACUUUCUUGGUUCCGAUAUUCUAUCUUUUAUGCUAUUACCUGAGCGGACUUAAUGCGUUUCGUUAUAAAUAUUCGGAGGAAGGAUACGAAAUUGAAAGUGAAUUGGAAACGCAAGGUUAUCUUGUAUACUCUGACUACUGCAAGAUCGUAAAUAUAAAUCCAUACAAUCACGAGGUGCAUUACGAUGCCAGCGUUCAACGCUACGUUCUGAGCAUUGACCCAAUUGCGUUACCCAGCUACGAGGUGCAGAACGUAAUCGGCUGCUGCUACAAGACCGUGCAAUAUAUCAACGACGAUGAGGUUAAAUAUACGGCAUGCCAACCCUUCACUCUCAGAACUUAUCUACCUAAUACAACGGACAGCAUUAUAGUCACCUGCCAGACAGGCACCGAGUACAUCUAUCUCAAUGGACAUCCCACCAUACCGGAGCGAUCUGCCGUGCGACAGCGACUCGAGAAUUGGGCGCACAAAGAUCGAGGUAAGCGUGUGCCCAGCGUUCUGAUGAUAGGCAUCGACAGCAUCUCAAGAGUGAAUCUCAUCCGUGCAAUGCCCAAGACAGCGCAGUAUCUGUACGACAACGAUUGGUUCGAGCUGGCGGGCUACAAUAAGAUCGAUGACAACACAUUCCCCAACAUAAUGGCACUGAUGGUGGGCUACAAUCUGUCGACUGCCAUGAAGCACUGUAGUCCCUAUACGAUAAAUGGCCUGGACAAGUGCGACUUCCUCUGGAAGCUAUUCCAGCGGCAUGGCUAUGUGACGGCCUAUGGCGAGGAUGCGAUUAAGAUCAAUACCUUCAACUUUAUGAAGAAGGGCUUUCAGCAACCACCCGUGGACCACUAUUUACGUCCGUAUUUGUAUGCGGCGGAGAAGCAACUUGGUGGAAAUAUAGUGAAUUAUCUGCCUCAUUGCGUGGGCUUUGAGACGGAGGCAAAAACUGUUUAUAACUAUGCCCUGGAGUUUGCAAAGCGCUAUCUUAAUGAUAGCUUCUUUGGCCUCUUCUGGACAAACACGCACAGCCACAGCGACAUCUCACAGACCAGCUCCAUGGAUGAGUACUUGAGAGGAUAUCUUCAGCGGCUGGUGGCACAGGGCACCAUGGAGAACAGUAUCAUCGUCUUCUUUAGUGAUCAUGGCUUACGCUUUGGACCAACUCGUGACACUUGGUCCGGAUAUUUCGAGGAGCGAUUGCCAUUCCUGUUCAUCUGGCUACCGGAGUUUGUGAGAAAAGCACACCCAGAAUUUGUGGAGGCACUGCGUCUCAAUCGCAAUCGCCUGACCACGCCCUACGAUCUGCACUUGACACUGAAGCACGUACUCUCGCUGACGGGCCGGGUUGAGAGCCAGGAGGAUCUGGGUGGUGCCAAGGAUUGUCCGCAGUGCCAGAGCCUGUUGCUGCCCGUUUCGUUGAAUCGCAGCUGCGCGGAUGUUGCCAUUGAGGAUCACUGGUGCACGUGCAGAACGUUUAAGCAUACAACGGGCAAAAUUCUGCUCAAGCUAGCCUUUCACAUAGUCGAACACAUUAAUUCAAUGCUGAACAACUCUGAAAAUGGCAGCUAUUUGAAAGAAUGUGUGCCGCUGAAACUACUAAAAAUCAAAAAAGCUUACAAGGCAGAUGCAAAUGCAUUCGAUCCGAGUCAUAUACGAAUUUAUAUGCUAACCAUAUCAACAACUCCAAAUUAUGCAAUGUACGAGGCGACAUUGCGCUACGACUGGCAUCUGCCAAAGAACAAAAAAAUAAUCAUAACUGGAUCUGUGAGUCGCAUUAAUUCAUACCAUGGCAAUAUAAAUUGCCUGGGCAGCGAUCCCAUGAUCAAAUUUUGUUAUUGUCGCGAACAAAAAGUAGACGAAAUGAUAUAUGAAAAACCAGUAAAUCAAACAUAA